AUGUUUGACGUAAGUCUUUGUUAUCUAAACUUAUAUUUUUGUAUUAAAACGCGGUUUUUAGGUACAUAUUGAGGUAGUUCUAGGCAUGUUUUAUGUUGUAUAAUAGUUGCGAGUUACUGUGGUAAAAGAUAUAGCGUUGUAUAUACUACUAUAGUAAACGUUAUAUUAGGCUGUUAAAAUAGUUCUGCUCCUCUUUUUAAAGCCAAUUACUUGGGUUAAGGGGCACAGAAUUAGUUGAACAAUCUAAAAGUAGGUCAACUGGUAUGUUUAUGUUAUGAUUUUUUGAUUUUUGGUUGAUUUUCAGAGCGUUUUUAUGAUUAUGACUGAAAUUCUUUUGGUAUUCGGAGCUCUUCUUUACUUGUACAAUCAAUGUAAGUUUAUAUAUUUGGAUGCGUUUUAUCAUAUUACGGCGUUAGAAAAGUUUUGGCGUCAAUUUAUAUAUGGUUUCACGGUCAAUAACGACAAUACUUUUUUGAUACAUUUUCUGUUUGCUUUAUAACGUUGUUCAGAUAAUUCUGUGCUCCCUUAUCCAAAAAAUUUUAUUUGAGAAUGGGCACAGAACUAUUUAAACAACUAAAUAUGACUAUCAGGCCAUAUUUCAAGUCUAACUUUUCAGAUCAAGAAGAAAAACUGGCCAAGGAACCCCCACCAACUGCCGCCUGUACCACUGCCAAACCGAUUGUCAGAGCGAAGAAGGUGGAGCCGACCGUGGAGGACUGGUCCGAACUCUCCAACGUCUCGGACCGCUUCCAACAAGAAACUGGCGUCGAAUUCGAGGAAACUCGCGAAUCUGCUACUGUUCAAUAA